UACUCAGAGCUUAUCCAAUCCGCUCCCACCAAUUUCCGAUCCCGGCUACUCACAAAAACGGCAAGGGGGUGGCAAGAUCUCUCUGGUACUUGCGAAUUGGUUCGUGGUUCGCUGAACCUCCUCGCUUAUCACAGACAGACAGAGUUUCUCUCUCUCUCUCUCGGUCGCGGCAAUGUCAGUACUGAUGGUAACGAGUUUAGGCGACAUGGUUAUAGAUUUACACACCCAAAAAUGUCCCUUAACCUGCAAAAACUUCUUGAAGCUUUGCAAGAUUAAAUAUUACAAUGGGUGUUUAUUUCAUACUGUUCAAAAAGAUUUCACUGCUCAGACUGGUGAUCCUACUGGAACUGCCACUGCUGGUGAUUCUAUCUACAAGUUUCUUUAUGGGGAUCAAGCUCGAUUUUUCAAUGAUGAGAUUCAUAUUGAUCUAAAGCAUUCUAAGACUGGAACUGUUGCCAUGGCUAGUGCAGGAGAGAAUCUGAAUGCUUCACAGUUCUAUAUAACUCUGCGUGAUGACCUUGAUUACCUUGACGGAAAGCACACUGUUUUUGGCGAGGUCGCUGAAGGAUUUGAGACUUUGACUAGAAUUAAUGAGGCUUAUGCAGAUGGAAAGGGAAGACCAUUUAAAAAUAUCCGAAUCAAGCACACUUACAUCCUGGAAGAUCCUUUUGAUGAUCCUCCUCAACUAUCUGAGUUCAUCCCUGAUGCUUCACCAGAAGGAAAACCUAAAGACGAGGUUGAUGAUGAAGUCCGACUUGAAGAUGAUUGGGUGCCCAUGGAUGAACAAUUAAACCCAGGAGAACUUGAAGAGGUUAUUAGAUCAAAGGAAGCACAUUCUAGGGCAGUUGUGCUUGAGAGUAUUGGGGAUAUUCCUGAUGCUGAGGUUAAACCUCCAGAUAAUGUACUUUUUGUCUGUAAAUUGAAUCCGGUUACUGAGGAUGAGGACUUGCACACAAUAUUUUCACGCUUUGGAACUGUCUCAUCGGCUGAAAUCAUCCGUGAUCACAAGACCGGCGACAGUUUAUGCUAUGCUUUUAUAGAGUUUGAAGACAAACUGGCAUGUGAGCAAGCAUAUUUUAAGAUGGAUAAUGCUUUGAUUGAUGAUCGAAGGAUACAUGUGGAUUUUAGUCAAAGUGUUUCAAAACUGUGGUCACAAUACAUGCGGAAAGAUAAUAAGGGUGGUGGUUGCUUCAAAUGUGGUUCCACAGAUCAUAUUGCUAAGGAUUGCACUGGAGAUGCUACAAUGAAACAACCCACAAAAUUUAUCAUGAAGGACAAUAAUGCCCAACGGGGUGGAGAUAAAGCAAGAUACGAAAUGGUUUUUGAUGGAGAUAACACGGAAAGUCCAAAGAGAGAAAUGAAACACCAGCGACAUGAAAGGGAUGACCGAAAUGAUAAAAAAGGCAGGAAGGAGAAUUUUAAAGAUGAUAGUCAUAGAGGUCGUAGGGAUCAGGAGAUGGCAGGCUCGAAUAACAGAGAUAGGCAUCGCGAUAGAAGCAGAGGGCUUGAAGGAAAUGGAGAUGAUAAAGCGCGACUAGAAAGAGGUGCAAGAGAUCCGGAUUUUCAUGCCGACAAGAAAGACAUAGAAAGGCAUAUGGGAAGAAGACAUGGAGAUGAUGAUUACCGACGGAAAGAUGAGCUAGACUCGAGAAAAAGAGACUUAGAUGAUAGAUACACAGAAAGACGGGCUAGUCGAGAUGAUAGGAGAAAAACAGACGACAGCCAUUUAGAUAGGAGGGAUGACAGAGAUUAUAGGAAGAGAACUGAAGAUAGUGGAAGGCAAGAUGUGAAGGUUGAUUCUGGAAGAAGAAAACGAAGCCCAGAUGGUGAUGAUUACAAACGUAGAAGGAAUGAUGAGGAUUACAGACAAGAUGUGAAGAUUGAUUCCGGACGAAGAAAACGAAGCCCGGAUGAUGGGGAUUACAAACGUGGAAGGGACCAUGAGGAUUACAGACAGAGGAGGGAAGGUCGUGAACAUAGAAGGACAUGAUACCGGAUCUGAUGACAAUCCUCAUCCUCUAGAAGGCAUCAUGGUGAUCAUGGUGACAAGAUGACUGUUGGUGUCAUCAUAUUCUAAUCAUAAGCACAGAACUUUGUGAAUGCAAGUUUAAGGUAGAGUUUACUAACACAGUGAAAUCAAACAGUAGGUUUUGUUUUCUUCGGUUCCACUAAGCUUUUGUUAGUGGAAUCGGAAAGUCUUGUUUAUUUAGUUCUAUGCCGUAUUUAAUACUUGGAACAUAGAUUAGAAUUCAUGUCUAAUAUUUUGUCUUGUUUUUUGGUGUUUACAAGAGAACAAAACUUACCUGUAGUAGCAUAGGUGUUAUAAGUGUAACACUCCAGUAAAAAAAGCAUGAAAGUCGAGAUUUCAAGAACAGUUAUGCAAAGACAGUUGUAGAUUGUUAUCAACAGUUAUAAAGGAAAACGGAAACUACCGCCCAAAUGGCAUGGUUUCACGAUGUAAUCGAGUUUUCUUUGAAUGGUUAUGCUGCGAAUGUCUUUUUUGCUU